CCUUUCUGAUUCACUCAUUCCUUCGUUUUACGCAUCUAUUGCUCACUCUUCGUUUUACGCAUCUAUUGCUCACUCUUUUUGUGGUGUCUCACCUUUGUACGUUCUAUCCGUGAUUAAGGAAACCACUCUCGACUUUGGUUCUUAUGGAGCUCCCUUCUUGGGGUUGCUCCGCCGCUUGUCCGUCUCACUAUGGGCAGGGUAAAGGGCUUGUUAGAGUGAGAAUUCAUGGCUCCAGAAGGCUUACGAGCUGGAGUAUUUAUUUCCCGGAUGGCAAUUUUACUUUUCCGCCAUCUGGGGAUACCGGAAAAUUGAAAAAGAGGAAGAAAAGCUAUUUGAGUCUGUGUAUGGUUGCGUCGGCUUGCGGUAAUUCGGAGGUUCGGAUUAGGAGAGCUGUUAAUGAUGCAAAGCUUAGUGUCUUGCCAAGCAGGAAUCCUAAAUUAUUGAAAAAGAGGAAAAACUAUGUUGGUCUUUGUGGGGUUGGUUUGAAUUGCAGUAAUGGCGGCUUUCAAGUUAAGAAGAUGGUGAAAGAUGGGUUGAGCCCCAUCCAGGUCAUCGAGAUUUUGAGAUCCUUCGAUGACCCAAGUCAUGCCUUAUCAUUAUUUAAAUCGUUGGCGCAGCAACCAAGAAUCGUUCACACUACUGAGACAUGUAAUUUCAUGCUCGAGGUACUGAGGGCUAAUGGAAGGACAAAAGAAAUGGCAGUGGUUUUCGAUUUUAUGCAAAAGCAGGUAAUUAAGAGAGACUUGACAACCUACAUUACCCUUUUCAAGGGUGUUGGCAUGUUCGGAGGAAUUAAAGAAGCACCUUUGGCUCUUGAUUUGAUGAGUGAAGCCGGGUUUGUCCUAAAUGAUUUUUCUUAUAAUGGUUUGAUACAUAUGUUGCUUCAGUCCGGGUGUCUUCAGGAAGCUAUGAAAAUUUACGGGCGAAUGAUCUCUGAAACGGUUAGGCCCAGCAUGAAAACUUACUCCGCUCUCAUGGUUGCUUCAGGGAAACGAAAAGACAUAGAAACUGUAAUGGGUCUUCUGAAAGAGAUGGAAGCUGUGGGGUUGAAACCCAAUGUGUAUACAUACACCAUCUGUAUCAGAGUGCUUGGAAGAGCUGGGAGAAUUCACGAAGCAUAUGGGAUUUUGAAAAAAAUGGAAAGGGAAGGAUGCAACCCAGAUGUUGUUACCUACACAGUUCUGAUGGAUGCACUUUGCAGUACACACAGAUAUCAGGAAGCAAAGGAGUUGUUCUAUCAAAUGAGGAGGAGCAAUCAGAAGGCAGAUGCAGUCACAUAUACUACACUGAUGGAUAAAUUUGGUGACUUUGGUGAUGUGGAUGCCGUGAAGGAACUGUGGAGUAUUAUGGAGGAAGAUGGUUACGUCGCAGAUGUUGUUUCUUAUACAAUAUUGAUUAAUGCAUUAUGUAAAGUUAAUAGAGUUGAUGAAGCAUUAAGUAAUCUGUAUACAAUGCAGAAAAAAGGAAUCUGUCCGAAUGUGCGCACUUAUAAUGCUUUGAUUGGUGGACUUCUUGCAACUAAUAGAGAUGAUGUUGCUCAACAAGUUUUUGAUAAGAUGAAUGUUGAAGGCCCUAAACCUACUGCACACACUUAUGUUCUUUUCAUUGAUCACCAUGGAAAGGCAGGAGAGACUGAUAAAGCAUUAGAGUUCUUUGUUCAUAUGAAGAAUAAGGGGAUUAUUCCAAACAUUGUCGCAUUCAACGUGUGUCUUCAUGCACUUGCAGAAUGUGGAAGGCUUGAAGUGGCUAAUGAUAUAUUUCGUAACCUGAGCCAUGAUGGCCUCUCUCCGGAUGCUAUAACCUAUAACAUUAUGAUUAAGUGCUACAGCAUGGCUGGGAGAAUUGAUGAAGCUGUGAAACUUCUUUCAGAAAUGAAGAAAAAUGAAUGCUACCCAGAUGUUAUUACUGUAAAUUUCUUGAUUGAUGUGCUUUACAAGUCCAACAGGUCAGAUGAAGCAUGGAAAAUGUUUGAUCAAUUGAAGAGUAUGAAUCUUUCCCCCACUACAGUGACCUUCAACACAUUGUUGGCAGGUCUAAGCAGAGAGGGUGAAGUUGAUAAGGCUAUGGAGCUGUUUAGAACAAUGGAGACUCAUGGUUGUAUUCCAAACGUGAUAACAUAUAACACACUCCUUGAUUGCCUUUGCAAAAAUGGCAGAGUGGAUUUGGCGUUAAAUAUGAUUGUUGAAAUGUCAGAGAAGGAUUGCAGGCCUGAUAUUUUGACUUACAACACCAUCAUACAUGGUUUAGUUAAAGAGGGCAGGCCUGCAGAUGCAUUCUGGCUUUUCAAUCAAAUGAGCAAGGUGUUUAUCCCUGAUUUCAUAACACUGUGUAGUCUCCUUCCUGGUAUCAUCAGAAAUGGGCAGGUGAAAGAUGCUUUGUGGAUUACUAUGCAGUUCAGCUUAAAAAAUGAAAUUGAUCGUUCUUCAUGGAUAUAUUUAAUGCAGGGAAUUUUGAAUGUGGCAGGGAUAGGCAAAUCAGUUCAGUUUUCAAAAAAUCUGGUUGCUAAUGGUAUUGUAAAAGAUGAUUCUCUUUUAUCCCCACUCGUAGUCUACCUUUGCAAGUCUAACAAGGUCGCUGAUGCUUAUAAUCUGUUUGAGGAUUUUAAGAAACAUGGAAUGUCACCAACACUAGGCACUUAUAACCCUCUCAUCAGUGGGCUUCUUGAAGCCAAUCUUUCCUCAUUGGCCUUUAUGUUACUAAAAGAGAUGAGGAAGAUUGGAUGUACGCCUGAUGUUUGUACUUACAAUUUGUUAUUAGAUGCACUUGCAAAAGCUGGGAAGGCAGAUGAACUACUGGAGCUACUAAGGGAAAUUCAUUCUAGAGGAUGCGUUGCUAAUGUAACUACUUAUAACAUAGUAAUUUCUGGCUUAGUCAAAUCAAACAGAUUAAAUCAAGCCAUAGACUUGUAUUACAAUCUGGUGAGCAGAGAUUUUUCUCCAUCUCCUUGUACAUAUGGUCCUCUUCUUGAUGGGCUUUCAAAGGCGGGGAAAGUAGAUGAAGCCACAGACCUCUUUGAGGAGAUGCUUGAAUAUGGAAUCAAGCCUAAUUGUGCUAUUUAUAACAUCUUGAUGAAUGGAUUUGGGAAGAUGGGAGAUGUAGAAAGUGUGUGUGAAUUUUUUGACCAGAUGCAAAGAGAGGGUAUUUUGCCUGAUGUGAAGUCUUACACCAUCCUUGUAGAUAGCCUUUGUAUUGUGGGUAGGGUGGAUGACGCUUUAAAAUAUUUUGAACUACUAAAACAGAGUGGCCUUGAACCUGACUUGGUUUCCUACAACCUUAUGAUAACUGGACUCGGUGCAUCAGGGAGGCUGCUGGAGGCUCUUUCACUGUUCAAAGAAAUGCAAAUUAGAGGAGUUUCCCCUGAUUUAUAUACUUAUAACUCCCUGAUACUUAAUCUUGGGAAAGUAGGAAUGGUGAAAGAAGCUGGAAUUCUAUAUGAAGAGCUCCAACUAAAUGGGCAUGAGCCUAGUGUCUUUACAUAUAAUGCGUUAAUUCGUGGGUAUAGUAUGGCUGGUAAUGCUGAUGAUGCAUAUGAAGUUUAUAAAAGGAUGAUGGUUGGUGGAUGCAUUCCCAACACAGGGACGUUUGCCCAACUCCCUAACUAGUCCAAGAUAUUCAGUUACUACCUGAAAGCCAUAACAACACAAUAACAACACAGGCUUGUUCAUGAAUAAAAUGGAAAGCCAUACAGACUAAUGCAGACAUGCAGUUUCAUCAUCUUCAAGCAUCUCCAGAAACGCAGAUGCGGCCUCUCAUCGGCUGCUACUUCAAAAAACUAUCGUGACUCAACCUGAUUCGCAGUUUCAUCAUCUUCAAGCAGAAACACAACAACAACCUCCCAUCGGCUCAGAAAAACUAUCAUGACUCACUAAAGGGCCUGAUGCCCUAUAGAACGUUUGGCGCUUUAAGGGCAUUGGGCUUGGAUCAAGGUCCAGAUCCAAACCUGGAAUGCCUCCCACGUGAAGAGGGAGGCCCGACGCAUGGGGGGGGGGGGGAGGGGGUUCUGUCUCUCGCUGUUCGGGGUUUGGUGCAGAGGAACAAGAGGCGGAAGUGGAAGCUAGAGAAGAAGAAGCAAAGGGGUGGCGGUAGAGGCAGGGGCGGAGCCAAGGGGGCCUGCCUGGGCCGUGACCCCACCCCAAUGAAUUGAAAAAAGAAAGUAAAUUAAAAAAUUGAAAAUUUUUAGUUUAGCUAUGUAGUAUUUGGAUCUGGGUUUAGUUUGGCCUCACCCGGAUCCAACCCACAAAACCUAGCCCGCCCCCUUUCGUUUGCCCUACUUCGAAAUUUUGAAAAGGGGAAAAACACAGUGCUGCUGCAGGAAGAGACUGCGAGGGAGAGAAACAGAGACAAAGAGAGGGAGAUAGAGAAAUAGAAUGAAAGAGUGAGAAAGAGAGCACGAGAGACGGAGAGAGCACUGAGCAGGGCUGCAGGCAGCAGGAAGGAGGUUGGAAGAGAAGAGGAGAAAGAAGAACGUGAGGAAAAAGAAGGCCACAGGCAGACACAGCGGCCCCCAAUCACCAGAAGCGGAAGAAGAAUAUAGUGCGAACAAUUUGUUUUUUGAUGUUGGAGAUACCAGUCUUUUCUGACAAUGCCAAGUUAGUAGCAUCAAUUUCUUCCAAUGGUAGAGAUGUUGGACGUGGUUUGAGUGAUUCUGCAGUGAUUCAGCAGUUCAGCUAUAAGAGGCCACCAUGUAUAAGCAGGUGAAUGAAUGAUGAUAUGUAACUAUUUUCAAUAAAAACGGAGUCAAAAACUGAUUGUGUUACAUAGAAAAAAUACAAAACAGCUUGUUUUAGAUAUUGUUAACAGGUUUGGGAUAUCUGAUGAUAAGAUUGUGGAAACACCUACAUUUCCAGGAGUAAAAUGAGAAUUAAUGAUGGGGAACCUCUUGAGAAUCCCAUACUUUAUCACCAAUUGGUUGGUGCCCUCUCAUAUUUGAUCAUUUCAAGGCUCGACGUAGUGGAUGUGGCUCAUGUUGCUACUUAGUCAGUUUUAGCAUACUCUAACCACUGUUCAUAUGAGAGCAGUCAUGAGAAUUGUUUGUAUGUCAAAUAUACUAUUAAUAAGGGAUUAUUUAUAUCAUCUUCUUCAACCUUGGAAUUAAUUGCCUAUACUAACGUUGACUGGUGUAGUGAUCCCGAUAACCGACACUUCACUAUUUUUAUUUUAGUGUUCCUAGGUGCAUCACUAAUGUCAUGGAAAUGCAAGAAACAACAAAACUUCUCAUCCAUUGAAAGUUGAAACUGAAUAUGGCCAUGGAUGCAGCAACUGUGGAGGUUGUUUGGCUGAAGAGUCUGCUUGGAGAUAUGAAAAUUCAACUUAAAGGACCAUCUAAUUUAUGUUGUGACAAGGAGUGUCAUUUAUAUUGCAAGUGACCAUUACCUUUCAUGAAAAGACCAAGCACACUGAAAUGAAUUGUCAUUUUGUGAGAAAUUUUUUUUUAAGAAAACUAUUGACUUUCUAUAUGUUCCAUCUGAGUUUCAGUAGAGGACUUAGGAUCUCUUCGUUUCUUGUUUCUCCUUAGCUAACUUUUGGUUAUUACACUGUAAGUUUAAAGGAAGGAGGGGUGUCAGGAUUUGAUAUGGUUUUUUGUAUUAGGAUUUUUAUUUAUUUUACUUGUAUUGUUCUUGCUUUUUGUAUUGCUUUAGUCUUUUAUUUUUCUGUUUUUUCCUUAGCUGUGAGGUCCUGAGCUCAUUUUAGAGCUGUGGGGACACCCGACUGUCUAGUUUUCUAGCCAUUGGGACCCCAACAGCUAGUCCCUCCUUGUCGAAAUAUGGACAUUUUGCCCCUUUUGUGUUUAUGCUUCUGGGAAGCUCAUUGUUAUUUAAUUAAUAAGAGGUUUUGGUGCCUUUUUCCAGUUCUUCCUUGCAGUGAGAGGUCCCUUUUGUGUAAAAUAGUGAUUUAUAUCUAUACUUUGUGUAAAAUGUCUAUUGUAUACUUUGUGGGAGACAUCAAGAAUAUAGGUUUAUAGUUUAUACCUAUAAUUUGUUUUGUUACACCAAGUUCAGUACAUAUUAUUCUUAAUAUACUUGGUUCUUCUUCCUAAACUUUUCCUGCUAUCCCCUUCCUGAACUUUGCCAUUUUGUUUUUCUUUUUCUCUUUGAAAUUUGAUACCCAUGUGU